CGUUGCAUGACUCCUAACAACUUAUCGACAGAAAUGCUCGCUACGUAUGAACUUUGAAAGAGGCAAAAUGGAGUGUAUCGCAAAACUGAGUGUUGGUGUGUUGGUGGUGAUAUUACACAACUGACAUGGAACUCUUCAUAUCGUGGUGCCGGCUUUACAUGUGGUGCACCAACUCGAGUGUUGUUGAUGAUGGUGUCUUAGUCAGCAACCACACUAAUGCAGCUUCCAUGUUGAGAGGGGACGGGGCGACGGCCAAAACCAAAACAAACCCACCACCAACUGACCCAGCGUUUCCUUGCUCGCGUGCAAACAACCAAGACCACGCGCACAGAUUAUCCCACCUCAUCGCCAAUCACUACCAACAUAUAUACUCAACCCAUCAUCCAACGCGCAUCUCGACCAGCCCGUCUGCCUCCCAGGAGAUCCUAAUCCCGGCCGUCCCAAACGCCGCAUUGUAGCUGUUGCGCGUCCAUGCACGCGCUUCACUCUCAACACCCGCCGCUCCGCACAUAGCAAUCGGUAUCCAUGAACGCUGUUCUUGCAAGAUCGCCACUUCAAUCGCUACUCAUGGCCGCAAACCGUCCGACGACGCGACGAAGAAGCGCAAAAUCCGCAUUCGAAGAUGACGAUGCGCCUGCGCCAAAGAGGGUGAGGACGGAGAUCAAUGGUACUGGGAAGAAAGCAAAUGGUGCGCCGAGGAAGGCAGCGAAGCUAGCAUAUGACGAGGAUGACGACGGUUUCCAGUUCACACGUCGCACUUCGAGACGGAUCACGAAAACCCAACCGCAGCCAGAGCCAAUAUUGGAAGAGCCGCUCAAACCACUACCAACACGCAGAAAAAAAGCUAUCCCUGCACCACCACCACCGGCACCGGCAGAUCAAAAAGCUCCUGAAAGACGACGACGAUCAGCGCGUUUAUCAGGCGAUCAAAACCAUAUGAAGCAGGUCGAAGAACCAGGUGAGCGCGAAGAGUCCUCAAAACCAGCCCCGAGGCGCACGAAGAAGACGGCGCCGGCAUCAACAGAGAAAGAGAGGAAGAAGCAAAUUGCUCCGGCACCAGAAGUACAGCCCAAAGAGAAAACCACGAUAUUGGGUGCGCAGACGCCCACACAUAACGAGUUGCAUGUAUCAAAGAAACGAGAUGGAGGAGCCACAAAGAUUAUGCUGCCGUUUGCCGACACCCCGGUUAUCAAUCGUAACAAAGAGAUGCGGAAAGCCAGCAAAGAUGGCCACAGGAGGAGUAGCACAGGCUUGAGGGGUAGAAGGGCCAGUUCGUUAAUCGACAGUGGCAUGUCGAAUGCUCUUCCGCAUUCUGAAGUAGAGGUCAGCGAUUACUUCAAAUAUAUUGAGCAGAGCUUACCGGAACCGCGGCGAAUGAAACAACUCUUGACAUGGUGUGGAUCGCGAGCGCUUCCCGAGAAGCCUUCGGGAGAUGUCAAAAACGCAAAUGCAAUUAUGGCGGCGCGCGCAAUACAGCAAGAGCUCAUAGACGAUUUCGCGAAUAAGCCCGGUCUAUCUGAUUGGUUCAGUAGGGAAGAAAUCACACCCCCCACGAUUGUGAAAAAACGACCAAACCCUCAAAACGACAAAAAUCACAACACCUUACUGGAGCUAGAAGAGGAGAUAAAACGUCUCGAAGAAGAGAAGUCUGCGUGGGACGCCAUCGCUUCGUCGUCAUCCAAAGCCAGACCAACGGACCCACCGCCCUCAAUACAAAACACAAUUUCUAUCACAGACGACAUUGACCCUACUGUACUCGAUCCCUCCCAGGCAUCCAUAAUAUCCGCCCUUCAACCGCCAUCAGAGACUCCAGAACUUGCGCCAACAGCAACAUCAUCCACAUCACCCAGAUCUACACCACCGCCUUCGUCCACAUUCACAUUCCAAUUCACCACAUCCGCUGCGCUCCAAUCACAUCUCACAAAAAUGUCGCAGUCCCUCGAACCCAACAUAGACGUCUUUGCAGAUGGCUUACAUAAGAUUGAGCAAUACAGAAACACGGCGGAGCGGGUGGCUGAUCGGGUUCUGGGGACGGCGGCGAAGAAAUUGGAAGAGCGGGAAAAGAGCGUCAGAGAAAAAGUGGGCAGCGAGGGCAUCGGUGUGGGCGAUGUGCUGAGGGGUUUGGCAGGCGUGCUCAACGAAUCUUGA